GAAAACUGUAAAGAAAGCGUCAAAUCUUGAAGCAGCUAUAGGAAACAUUCUCAAGCAUGGCUGCUCAAACGCACCUAGUUGAGUAGUGCUGCUCACAAUUACCGGUCAACACGCAUUGUAGGCUCACACGCCUUGUGGCAUCAGCAGGUUUUUAUCGAUAACUAAUCUAAGAGAAACACAAGUCUACUUGGUUUAGUCGCUUGACUUUUAGUUUUAUCAAACAAGGGGAAUAUGACAAUAGACUAUGAUAUAUGUAGCGGUUUAGAAUAUGUAGUAAAAGGCCAUCGCACUUACUUGCCGGUGAAAUUGUCUGAAAUUUUAGAAAAUUUACUAGACGCGGCCUAAAUUGGAAAUAACGUGGACCAAAUACGUGAAUCAAUGGUUGUUCAAUUUAUCGAUGCUAAAUUUCUAGAGUUCGGCGAAGAAUUGCUGAAUAAUCCGUCACCCAGUUACUGCAAUGAGCUCCUUCAUGUAGAUUACAUAAUCAGCUUUCGCCGUUCAUUAUUUGGAAAGCAAUUUCUACGUGAAGAGCUGAAGAUUUAACACUUUGCUGUUCAGGUACACAUCACAAUAAGGGAACCACAGCUCAAAUAUCGGAUGCAAGUUGAUAAAGUCUUUUAGAAGUGGCCGAGAUGAUCUCGAAGGCUGCGAGGGCAAGUAUAAUCUUGAUGUGGUAUCUCUCAAUAGUACUGUGUGAAGGAGAGUUUAAAGGCAAGGUGUCUGGAUUUGGUUACGAGGUCCAGGCUCUGCCGGCCGGUGGAUCAAUUUCAGUGAAACCUCCGCAAACUGAAAUCGAGGACAACAGCGGGGGCAAAGUUGAUUAUGCCAAAACAGAAGCAGUACCGCUCAUUCCACCCUUUGUUGACAAUGUGUUUGCAAUGGCAGAGGCUCUAAAUCCAAAGCUUGACGUAAAGGGAAAAUAUACCAAUUGGACGCCAAAAAUUAGGGUAAUAAAGCCAAAUAAGAAGAUAGAGUUGAUCAAAAUGCAUGCACCAAAGCUACUGCCAAUGCCCAAGAUCAUCGCGCAAAGGCGCGGGAAAUUAAACAUCAGACAACCUGCGCCCCGCGGGAAAGAUACCCAAAGAAAAUACAACGCCGGUUUACCGAUCAGUCCGAAAAAUAUACAUUUGGAGGGACAUGAUACAAUGACAAUGGGUGCUGUACAAUAUCAGCCAAUUCUGGCUCACCUAAAAUCUAAUACAAUUGGCAGUUACCAGAUUCUCCCUGGAUAUUUCAGGCACAAUUAUGGUAAACGAUUAUUCAAGAGAGAUGUUACCAGCAAAAAAGAUUUGCAGAAAAGUAUAGAAGCGAUUAUAUCAAACAGCUUUAAGACGAAUGAAAAUGAAAAGAGUAACAUUAUCAGCAGAAGGAAGGACGUUGACGCAUCUAUCAUGAAAACAGGCACAAAAGGAAACUCAAAGAUGAUGAGGUAUGUUGACGGGAUGAAAAGUAAAGUCCAUCAUGUAGUUGCAGAAGCAAAAGCUGUUCUUGAGGAUACAGGCAAAAUAGUACAUGGAUUGAAAAAAGUCAUAAGUGGAGCAAAGCGGCUGACUGAAUUUACCAACAACGCAGUUACAUUUGCCAAAUAUUUUGCCAGGGAACCAACUAAUGCAACGGUGGAUUUCUUUGAAGAGAAAGCCGUUAUUGCUGUUCUUGAGUCACAGAAAGCAGCUGCAGAUGCAAAAAUUGCUGCUGUAGUGGCAAGAGAGGCAGCCAGGAAGGUUAAAUUAAUUGCAAAACAGAUCCGUGGAAAAAGCAGAAGUUUUGAUAAGAAGUUGUCCAAAGCUGUGAAGUACGCGGAAGGACAAGCACACAGAGCGGAGCAAGCUGCUAGGAUUUCAUCAUUUAAAGAGAAAGAUGCAAGAAAAGAUGCAAUCAUAGCUGACAAAGCGUUGCGGAAGAUGGUUAAAUUGGCCAACAAGAAGAAGGAAGGAGAGAAGGAAGAGGAAACCAAGAAAGAGCCCGAGGAUAUACAUGUCAAAGAACAAGAAAUUGGGUACGAGGGCUCAGGGGAAACCGAUUCUGAAAAAGAGGCAAAGAAAUUAACAAAUAAUGAAAACGAAAAUGAGAAACAGAAAGAAGAAUCCAGUGUCAACGGUAAAGAAGAAAAGAACACAAAAAAGUCUGGAGAUGAUACCGAAUCCGAUUCGACAAGAAAAGAAAGCAUCGAGGAGAAACUGGAACAAGGAGAAAAUGGAAACAAAACAGAAAUAUUAAAGGAAACCAAAACCAAAGAAGAAACUGUUGACAGUAGCAGCAAUACUGUGAAUUUGAAAAAUAUAUCGAAGUGGAAACCAAGUGCCAAUAAAUCUUCAGAGAAGCAAGAAAAUUUGGAACAUGACCAAAAAGUGUCGAUCGAUUCAGGGCCUGAAGCAAAUGGUAACAAAACGGGGAGGCUUGAGGACACCGAGCUGCCAAGACUUUUUGAAGCUGGAGAUGAUGAAAAUGAAGUUUUAGCAAACGAUUUUGAUAAGGCAAAGGGGACAUUUCAUGGUUAUUUGUUGCCAAAGGAAGCAGUGAAUGGGUCAGAUGUAAAUGAAAGCGAGGAAAAAGACAAUAAAAAUACAGAAAGCGAAAUUUCAAAGAACAGUGAAAAACAGAGUUCUAUCAAAGAUAAAAGUAACUCAAUAGCUAAUGCUGGAAACUUGAAAGCGAUCAACAGUCACAAAGCUGCUUCUGAAGAUAAAUCCACGCCUGUGAAACAAAAGCAUGAGUCGAAAAUUCUGGAACGAGAAGUCAAGAAGGUAAGCAAAGGCCCGGUAGAUUUGGUUGUUACAGUGACAAGGAGAAAACAGGAUCGUGCCACGAGCGGUUUGGUUAGUCCAUCGACUGGAAAAAGGAAACAGAAGACUAUGGACAUUACUUCAUAUGACCCUUUUAAUUUCAAAUCUUUAGAAUCAGCUGAAAACUCAAAAAAGGCUGCGCAUUAUAUCGUUGAUAAAGAAGACGAAGGAAGAAUCGGUCUUUCACCAGUCCAUGACGUCAAGGAAUAUAACAGCAUAAGAUCCUUUAUUCCGAAAAUAAAAGCGCCAAGAACAUUGGUUUCCAAUAGAUACUUCCCUGAACGAUUGCAGAAAUCAAGAAUUAUGCCUACCUUUUAUUUGAAUCCAAGGAACGGCUAUACAUCUAUGAAGAAAACUCAGAGGUCUUUCAUUCCGUACAGACCGUACAGAAAUUACAAAUAUGAUACCUUAUUACCAAGCUAUUAUUGGGCAUGACCUUAGUAUUAAUCGAACUAGUAAAUAUUAAGUAUUGUAAAUAGUAUGCUAGAUUUAUAAGUUAUUAGAUAAUAUUUUAAUUUUGGUAUAAGUGACAUUAAGGAAUAUUUAUGUUCCUUUUGUUUUAAGAAUCUGUCGAUGGUACUUCAAGAUCUAAAAAUAAUGAUUUGUGGCAUAUAUUCAUCCUUAUUCUUUAUCAUCUUGAUUAGGGUUAGUCUGCAUACGUUGAUAAAUGCUGGGUUGAUGAGAGACGAAUGGAUAAAACGAUUUAAGCACUGAAAAUAGCGAUAUUAACCAGAGGAAUUAUCAACAAUUGAUGUAAGCCACUGACAAACGUGAUAGAAAAUUGAGAAUAGAAUGCUUUUUGAAUGUCAUGAACUGUAAAUCUCAUGUCUGAUGUUGGAGCCAUAAAGGCAAAUAUUUGAUGGGGGUUGAGGGCUGGGGUGACCAAUGGCAAUUUUCAGGUAUGUGGCUUGCUAUCA